GCACUUAACCACUUGUGCUACCCGAGGACCUUGUGGUUGAUUAUGCUCUCCUUUAAACAAAACAAAACUUUGUCAUAGAAAAUGUCAAACAAAUAUAAAAGUAAAGAAAAUAAUGUAAUGAACCCACAUGUACCCUUUAUUCAGCUUCAGUAAUUAUCUCAUAGCCAGUCUUAUUUCAUCUAUGCCCCACCUACUCUCUUCCUCUUUUUAUUUUGAACCAAAUCCUACGCAUCUUAAUCAUUUUCUCUGUAAAUGUUUUUUAACAGAAUUUUUAAAAGCAAGGAUUCUCAAAAAAAUAUAGCCACAAUACUGUAAUCAUAUCUAAACAAAUUAACCAUAAUACUUUAAUAACAUCAAAUACCCAGUGUUCAAAUCUUUCCAGUUGUCCCUUUGUGGUUUUUACAAUUUAAUCCAUAUUGAAAUUAGAUCCAUUGAUAGCAUUAGAUUCAUAUGUCUCAAAUCCGUCUUAAUCUAUAAGUGUCCUCUCUUCUUUUUUCCUGGAUUUAUUUUUUGAGGAAAAUGGGUCAUUUGUCCUGUUCUCCACAUUCUGGAUUUUGCCAAUUGCACCCCUAUUUUCCUCUGACGUUUGGGUACCCUAUAGACUGGUACUUAGAUCUAGAAGCUUAAUCAGAUUUAGAUUGAUUUUGGGAGGAGAGUGAAGGACUCUUCAUAGAUGGUGUGGCACUUAAUGUCUGGAUGUCUCUCUUUUUGUGAUGUUUAUAGGGUCGCUAUGAGUCGAAAUCGACCCGAUGGCAAUGCAGUUAGCCACUGAUAAUCAAUGUCUAGGUCCAUUACUUCGAAAUAUCGCAAAAGAGUGAUAUUAGAUUCAUGUCAUUCCUUCAUUUAUUAACUGCAAUACCUCUGUGCCGGUAAAUUUGUCAUCAGUUAUUUGGUUAUCUUGAAGUACAGUUCAUAUAGGAAAAGCAAAAUAAGUUGUUGUUUUUUUUCCCUUUCACAGUUUUUAAAAUAAUAAGUUGGUUCCCUAGCAUCCCCCAAGGGUAACCAAGUAGUUUUGUUUUGUUAAAUUUUUACUAAAAUGUCAUUAUAAACUAAUAGAUUAAAGCAUAGUUUGGGUUUCAGUCCAUUGCAGUUGUUAUUAAUAUUGAUGCUCAAAUUGUCCCAUCUUUGACCAGUGGAAAUCUUCCAAAGUUGAGUCCCAAGACUGACAUGACCCCUGUAGGCUUUUGAAGACUUUUUUGCUUUCUUGUGUAGCAAGAUGUUUCCGGUUUAUCAUGUAUAUUUCCUGCUCUGGAACUGAAACCUUUCGUUGCUCCAAGGAUCCCUGGUGCCUUUCAGUAAUGGUAUUUGGAAAUCACAAUCUGAGCACUGAUGUGCUUAUUGCUAUUGGUUGAUCAUUGUUUCUCAGCCUGCUUUUUAAAGACGGUCCCUUUUUUAAGAGAAAUAUAUCAUGAGUUCAUGUAGUUAUUUCCAGUUCACAUUUAGGAUUAUAAUGCUUUUACUUUUUUAUUUUAUUUACUUGGAUGUCUUUUUUCUUAUGCCUACAACCUCAUUUGUAACUAUACUGCCCUUCUUGAAACACUGUCUACAUUUGGCAUCUAGGCCUAUAUCCUGCUUUUCCUCAUAUCUUAUUGGCUGCUGCUUUCAGAUUCCUUUUGUGGACCCACUUACUCUUUCUGGUCUCUAAAUAUUGAAGUGACCCAGGGUUCAACUUCUUGAUUAUUUCCAGUCCCAUGAUUUUAAAUACCAUCUUUAAGUAAGAUCUAUAUGCUGAAAAUUUCCAGAUGUUUAUCUGCAGCCUAGAUACCUGUCCUGAGCACCAAACUCCUAACUUUGACAUCUUCGCUUGGAAGUCCAGAAGGCAUUUCAAACUGAACAUGUCUACAAAAGCUGAUUUUUUUUCCCCCCAAGAAUACUUUCACUCAGGUUUUCCAUUUCAGUAAGAAUCACUGUCUUCUUGCAUUCUGGUUCCUACACAGAGUAUAUAGAUAAAGCAGCUCAGAGGGCCUUUAAAAAAUUUCGUGCAUAUUAUGUCACACUUUACUCUCCACCCUUCAGCAGCUUCUCAGCACACUUAGAAUAAAAUCUAAAGUGUUGAAUAAAACCCAAGAUCUUUAUUGUGACCUAAGGUACCACAUGAAUUCAUUCUUGCCUAUCUCUUCAGCCUUCUCACCUAUGCCAUUCUCCCUGACUCUGCUCAAAGCCCAUGGUUUCCUUGCUAUUCCUUGAGCAGGUCAAGCCUUUUCCUACCUUAAGGACUUCGGGCUUGCCCUCUUUCUGGGAUACUCUUCCCCACAUAUUUUGAGGGCUUAUUGUCUUAUUCAAAUAUCUUUGCUCAAAUAUAUCAUCCUGUGAGAGGUCUUUCCUGAUUAUUACCCUUGGUUUUCCCAUCUUCACUCUCUCCUUCCCUUCUUCACUUGUUACUUAAUAUUAAAAUCUAUUUGCUUGUUUAUUUUUGUCUGAAGUCCUAUGAGGGCAGGAACCACCCCCAGCACCUAGAACAGAACUUAAUGUAUAGUAAGUACUCAGUAGAUGUCUGUUGAAUGAAUGAGAGAAUGAAGAUGUUAUUAUUGGCAGUCUGUGCCCAUCAAACUAAUGGGUGCGGUGGUAUCUUAUUGUAGACAUGCCAGGACUCUUGGCUUGGCACCCAGAAUUGGCUAGUCACCGAAUACUGCCUCCUGCAAGUGUAAACAAGGGCUGGGAAGCCAGUACCUCAAAUCUAGUCAAGGUAUUAGAGGUGGGACCUCAGGUUGCUGUUUUGAAAAUUGAAGCCAGUUUCUAAACCAGACUACCAACUUACUGAAAAGGACAUCACACUGGGUAAAGUCGAAGGCUAAUGAAAAUGCGGGAAAUCCUCAAUGAGUGGAUUGACACAGUAGCUGCAACAGUUGAUUCAAACAUGCCAACGAUCAUGAAGAUGGCCCAUGAUCAGGCAGCAUUUCAUGCUGUUAUACUAAGGUUGCCAUGAGUCAGAGCCAACCCUAUGGCAACUAACACCAUCAGCCAAUUUAUUAAUUCAGAAUAAGAAAUAUAGCUGUUGUGUGGACUGGAUUGCUUCAGUUAGCUAACCAGCAUGCUCUUUUCCUAUUGGAAAGUUAUGUAGAAAGCCAGGCUUCCUUGCAGUGUGGAAUCAGUACCAAGGAAGCUAGUGUAAUCUUAAUGACUGUCAUCAGCGACAGUUUAAUGUAUUCUAGUCUAGUGUAGGGAUGGAUUUGUGAGAAGAAUUGAAUUCUUGGGCCAUUCUAUCCUGGAUGGCACUGAAAACAGUAGGAGUAAUAGGAGGAACUCUGAUCCCCUUUUUCUGCCCUCUGUGUUAACCAUACCCAUUGUGUACAUACAGUCUUCAUUCGGUACCAACUCAUUUGACUAGGCGAGCAACUGAUUCUGAGCCUUGUUCAGGUGGCAGAAUAUCUGUUCUACAUGGAACACUGGAGAACUGACUGACUUUAUUCUCGGACUGAGGAACAAUUUUACCAGCAGAAAAUAUGUUGAACCACAGCUGUCCUUGUGAAAAAAUGUUAAACAUUAUCUGUUAAUGCUCACAAAGGAUAUCAGGUUAUUCUAUAUUUGUUGUUAAGGGUGAUCUGCCAGAUUGUGAAGCUGACCAACUCCUGCAGAUGAUCAGGGUCCAACAGAUGCAUCGACCAAAACUUAUUGGGGAAGAAUUAGCACAGCUGAAAGAUCAGAGAAUCCAGAAAACAGACCUGGAACGAGUCUUGGAAGCAAAUGAUGGGCCAGGAAUGUUAGAUGAAGAUGAGGAUUUACAGAAGGCUCUGGCACUAAGUCGCCAUGAAAUUGAUAUGGAAGACGAAGAAGCAGAUCUCCGCAGGGCUAUUCAGCUCAGUAUGCAAGGUAGUUCCAGAAAUGUUUCUCAAGACACUCCACAGACAUCAGGUACAAAUCUUAGUUCAGAAGAACUGCGGAAGAGAAGAGAAGCCUACUUUGAAAAACAGCAGCAACAGCAACAGCAACAGCAGCAGCAGCGGCAGCAGCAGGUAGAUCUGCCCGGACCAGUUUCACAGCCAUGUGAAAGGCCAACCACAAGUUCAGGAGCACUUGGGAGUGAUCUAGGUGAUGCUAUGAGCGAAGAAGACAUGCUUCAGGUGGCUAUGUCCAUGUCUUUAGAAACGAUUAGAAAUAAUUUGGAAACAGAAGGAGAAAAAUAACAAUGCCUUUUAAAAAUCCUUUAGAUUUUCAUACUUUCCAACAUUAUCCUAUGUGAUUACAACAUAGGAUUCUUUUCAGUAAUUUGUCAAAGAGAACAGUGUACAUCAGAGGAAAUAAGACUUUUAGGGUGGUUUGCAAGCAAAAUGAUGCAAAAGUGGAAAAAUGCAUCAGUUGUAGAACUAAAUAAUGAUCCUUCAAAUACUAGCGAAAGAGGUAUUCAGCAAUUAAAGAAAUUUGAAAUAGUUUUCUAAAUGUUCCUUUUUCUUUUUGAGUGUGCAAUAUCUAGCAUGUCUAAAAUUAGAACUUUUUUCUUGGAUCCUUUCGCAGACCAAUUAAUUAGCUCUUGCCACAGAACUUUUUCCAUGCAGUUUUGUUUUAUUUUUCUAUAUUCUGUGUGGGUAAUUUGACUCACUUUCACCAUUCAGUGGUUGUCCUUAUUUCUCAUUAACUAAAUUGACCUUUCAGGAAAGUAUCUCUUGUCUCUGUGAUAGUAAUGGUUCCAGGGGACCAUACCAUUCUCCCUUCAACCAUUGUGCACUUGGGUGUCUUCUCCGAUUACUGUCUCUCAUCACAAUUUCUCUGCUACCUGGUUUACACUGUUUCUAUACAACUCUUUCGAAAGAUGAUAAUCUUUCUUUCUUGAGGAUUAGCUUGUUAAACCCUCUAAGAUGGGAUCAUUAUUUCAUGAAUCUGGUGCAUUCCUAAACUCUGAAAUCAGUCCCGCACAAAUAUCUGAGACUAAAUGAGUAUUUUUUAUGCGUGAACAUGUGAUUUCCCAGACGUUGUAUGAAUGCCUUCUCACCUAUGGCAGAACUUCACAGCUUUGUUGUAACCUCUCUCUCCUUGCACCUUAUUUCCUUUCUUCUCCAAUUGAGAAAAAGGAGAGAAGCAUAGUAGGCAAGAAAGUUUCCUUUUCUUAUAAGACAACAUAUGAUACCCACCAUGAAUGUAUGACAGAAAAAAAUAGGCCUUCAAUUUUAGUAGCGGUUUUCAUUUUAUUUUUUCUCUUGUGUCUGGACCUUUCUGUUCUGUUUCCAGCUGAGUCAUAUGGAAUGUAGAUAUCUGCUUCUGCUGCACAUCUUUUCAUAGGAAUAGCUUGCCAGAGGUAAUCUGGCCCAUAAAAAUAAUUUACUAAUGAAAAUAUAUUUAAAUUUAUACUGUGAUUUGACACUUCCAUCAUGUUUAAAUAGCUUAAGAAUUAUAGAAGUCAGAUAGAACUUAAUGGGUGUAUAAAUAAGAAAGUCCUUAGUUUUGAUAAACAGUCUUUAAUAGGGAUUAACAGAGUUUCUAGCUGGGUCAAUAGAGUGGUAUAAUUUUGGUGAAAAUUGACAAUGUCUCUGAGAUGGGCGUUUAGAUUCUGUCAUUUGUUCUCCACCCCUCACUCUCCACCUCCUUUUGCAACUCUUGAAUGUUGUAUGGUUCACAAGCUAAAAAUCAAGAAGAAAAGUCAUUUGACAACUUAGAAAAGUAUGGUAUGUUGCUGUGCUGGUAGAUGGCUGCACACAUUUUAUCAGGGAAGUUUUUUUUGAUCUGGGAUUUAUUGCUAACUAAAAAGAGAUGAGAAAAUGCCUUUUAUUUAGGAUUAUAAAAUAACUUUUUGGAAAAAACAGGUUUUUUUUUUGUUUUUUUAAGUCAUUAUUUUGUGCCAAAUAAAGUUUUCUAGUUUCCCGUACAAAAAAUUAGGCAGUCUUGUUUUAAAAUCUAAAGUGUUCUUUUAAGAAUUAAAAAUACUUCAAGGAGUUAUAAAAUACUAGAACUGCAAGUGGUUGUGAAAGUUAGUACUAUUCCCUCAAGAUUAACAAAUCGAAAUACUUUAAGACUGAACAUUUCUGUUAUUAUCCCAACGAUACCAAUCAUGUUGUCCAUGGAUAUUUAGCCUUUACCUUUUCCCAUUGAAAAAAUUACAUGAAACUUUUCAUAUACUUGAAUUGAUGAGCUACCUAAUAUAAUAAUGUGAAAACUAAUAUACAUAAAAGUUUGAACCUUAAUUAGAAUUUAUAAAGUUCAUAUAUUAUUACCCAGUAACUUUACACACCCUAGUUAAAGCACUUAAGGAAAUAGGGCAUUUUGGCCUUAAUUUAUUAGGGAUUUUUUAAACAGAGCUGAGCACACACUGGAUACUGUUGAAUAUGUUUGUUUAGUUUGUUUUGAAAUUGUUAUAUUUGGCAGGCAGAUCCAGAAUCACUAGUGACCUGCCAUCUUGUUUGGAAUGGCUUAAAUUUAAACACUUAGAUUUCAUUGUUUAAUUGAUUGGAUGGUAUGAAAAGAUGCCAGUGCCCAUAACCACAGUAUCAGAAAAUUACAAAGUUAUACAAAGCUACGAUUCGGACAUCAGGAGCUGCCAUUUAUGGUAAACCACCUACAAGAAAGUCAGAAACAACUAAAUUUCACAGUAACUGUCCUGCUAAGAACUUUGUAAGGAUUUCCAUUCUGUUUUACCAAUUGGGAAAACCUUAAUGUUUAAUAUUUAAACUGUUGGUAUCAUUUUUCUAAUGUAUAAUUUGUAUUAACAGGAUAAAAUACGUACAGUGGUGGUACUAGUGUUUAAGUAAAGUUUAAACAAGCUUUAGAAAUACUUUCAUAUUUUCAGAUGUUAUGGAAUUAAUAGGUAGUUAUUUAUGUUUUAAAAAUUCAGAGCAGUUAACCUCUGAUCUAAAACCAUCAAUAUACAUUUUUAUGGUGAUGAACAUGAAUAUUUCAGUAAUGUAAAUUGUUUGAAAAGGUUGCUGCAGAUAAACUUUAUAUUUCAAAUCUAAGAUCUUGGCCAAAUAAUUUACAAUUCACAGAGUAUUUAAGAAGGUGCUUUAUUUUCUUUAAAACUUGAUUUUUCUUAAUUAAGGCUUAAUUUGUGAUGCCAAAUAUGUGAUAAAUUUAAUGAGACACAAAGUUCAAAACUAGUUGAGUAUCAUUAUACACAUUGCUGUCAAGUGGAUUCUGACUUACGGUGACCCUAUAGGACAGAGUAGAAUUGCCCUGUAGGGUUUCCAGAGAGCAGCUGGUGGAUUUGAACUGCCAACCUUUUGGUUAGCAGGCAGAUGAUCAACCACUGCGCAAAACUAAUAGUCUGUAUUGUUUCAGUUAAUAUUAAGCUGAAUAAAAUAAAUUUUAUUCCAGUCAGAGCCUACAUCACAUUUUUAAUGUCUGCAUGUUUGAUACUCUUCUUUAAAUCUUGUCAAGGUUUACAGAAUGCCUUAAAAUUGACCCAUUGGACCUGUGCCAAGUCCAAGAAAAGAUUGAUUCAGUUUAUAGGCAAAAUAUGGUGAUGAUAAUUGAAAAAUAUUAAAUUGGAAGAUAAAUCUUAAAGUUCUAAAUUCUUAAGAGGAUUCAGUUAAUACUGAUGACUUUCUGUUAAAACCUUUAUCUGCAAUUGGCCACUGAUUUCAGAGUUAAUUGGUUUUUUGUAUCUGCGCCCUAACAAGUAUGAAUAUGUGCUAUAUGUGACCUUAAUUAAGAACAAUCAAAUUGGACCAACUAGUCAUUUCAGUGAUAUAAAGAAUCAUUUUCCAUAUUUCCAAAAUAAAACUUUCCUUCAUUCCUAGUCCCUUUUUAACCAGUAUCUUUUGCUAAAGAAACAAACUGGCUUUUAUUGCUUUUUAAAGUCUUAUGCCUGUUGUUGUCGAGUCAAUUCCGACUCAUAGUGACCCUAUAGGACAGAGUAGAACUGCCCUGUAGGGUUUCCAAGGAGCAGCUGGUGGAUUUGAACUGCCGAUUCUUUGAUUAGCAGCCAAGCUCUUUACCACUGCAAAAAUAUUUUUUGUUCCAUUCUGCUUUCAUGAAUGAAAAGAUUAUUGAGAUGGUUGGUUAAUUUGAAUUUGAUGAUUUUCUUUAAUUGGAAGAAAAUCUUUGUUAUUUUUAUUUUUUCCAAAAUGGACUGGCAUUUUAAGAAUUAAUGCUAGUAGCAUCACUUCUAAAUUUACAGUAAUUGGCAUGUUUAAUUAAUGAUAGUGUAUUUCAACAAAUAUUUUAAGACUGGAUUCAUAGACAAAGCAGUAGGAAGCAUCAGUGAAAUAUAUGUGGAAAAUUCUGAUUUGUUUAGGAAGCACUUCAGUUGUCUCUUGCAUAGUUCAAAGGGUGAAUGUUUUCCAGGAAAUUUUUAAUGCUUUUUUUUUUU